CCAUUAGCUGUUUGCCAACCGCCAAAAGAAUAAGAAGAAGGCCUUGUUACUAUUCGCGCGUAAGCAAAGCGUUUAGCAGCAGUAACGUGUUUUCGGCAACGCAAAGCAGAUUUGGGUUUUUUUUUAGCUGUGAAGUUUGGAUCGGUGUUGAGAUGGGAGACCCUUCCCUAAAUCGUGACUGCCCACUGGAUUGUAAGAUCUAUGUUGGCAAUUUGGGCAACAGUGGUAACAAGAAUGAGUUGGAGAGAGCGUUUGGCUACUAUGGUCCUUUGAGGAGCGUAUGGGUGGCAAGAAAUCCUCCUGGCUUUGCUUUUGUGGAGUUUGAGGAUCCCAGAGAUGCAGCUGAUGCGGUGAGGGAGCUGGACGGAAGGACGGUGUGUGGUUGUCGAGUUCGAGUUGAAAUGUCUAGUGGUGAAAAACGGUCAAGGUAUCGAGGACCACCCCCUUCCUGGAAUCGCCGCCCACGCGAUGAUUACAGACGUCGCAGCCCACCCCCUAGACGCCGAUCUCCCAGGAGGCAGAGCUUCAGCCGUAGUCGGAGCAGGUCCCUUUCCAGAGAGAAAAGAAGAGAGAGGUCUUUAUCUCGUGAUAGAAUCUAUAAACCUGCAAGGUCUUUCUCAAGAUCACGCAGUCGUUCACGAUCAAAUGGCCGGAAGUAAGAUAUGGUCAUGGUCCGCUUUGUUAGAGAAAACAUGCCUGUGUGUGCCCCCUCUCAACAGACUAGGAUGAUGGGAAAGAACGAUGGAUGUAUCUUUAUUCCGCCUUUUCCACCCCCAAAGUUUUUUUAAAGUCUUUUCCCCAUAGUAUUCUGAGUAUACUUUUUACUUAAAAUAUAUGUGCUUAAUAGGUAGCAAGGGCUUCAUGCUGCCAAAAUGCCAGGACUGUUAUUUUAUAAUCUAUGGGCAGUGAAGCUCUGGAUUAAAUUACUCAUGCCUGACUUUGGUGAUCGGUAAAAAAAACAACAUUUUUGUAUGGUUUUUGUUUGUACUUUCAUUAAAAAAGUUCCUUACUAAUUUCACUGAACGUUUUGUUUUUCUUUUCUCUACAAUGCACACAGAUUAGAUGUUCAAAUGUUACUUUCAUUAAAAGCAAUGCCUUGCCGGUU